AUGACUUCUACCCCCAUGGAAGAACUGAACAACUAUAACUCCCAAUGGGUCUCCUUCCACAUUCGUGACCAUCUCAAGGAUGGUGACAUUACAGUGCAGAACACUGUCAUUGAAGGCGGUGAAUUCCACAGCCCAACUGAUCGUCGUAAGUCUCUCCACGAGGAUGAGAUCGACUACAUGACUAUCGAGUCCGAUGGCGUUGGAGAGAUCUGUGCUCGUGGCCGUCGUGGCAGCGAGGGCCGUCUGGACCUGUUCCACGGCGAUACCAAGAUCUGCGAGCUGCACUGGGAGAAUCGUGGAGGAGAAUUCCACAACCUUGUCGAGGUGUUGGAUGAUAAUUCCAAGUAUAGAAUCGAGCAUGGGGGAUGGAGUCCACAGGCAGGUCCCCUGGGACAUGUCUUUGUGGACAUCUCGGAGAAGAAGAACAAGAAGUGA